CGUUGUGCCCAAGACCGAGCAAUCUCGCGCUAACAUAUAAACUUGGUGGCUUUAGCCGGCCAACAUGAAUUGGAGAUACUCAGCACGAAAUUAACUCGCAAAUACACAGAUCCAAAGAAAAAAAAAUGAGCGUCUCGGUGAGCAAGUCCUCGCCGGUGGUUGUUCGGCCGUCGUCGGAACCGGCGACAUCCACGGCCGGCAACCUCCUCAAACUGUCCUCCUACGACAAGAAUCACAUGUGCAUUCCGGUCACAAUGUUCCUGGUGUUCGACAACCCGAUCAACGAGCCAGCCGAGACGAUAAAGAGUGCUCUGUCCCAGGCUCUCGUCCCCUACCUCCCGUUCUCCGGCCGCCUCGCCGCCGAGAACAACGCCGUCCACAUCACGUUUGGCGGCGACGAUCAGGGCGUGUCGUUCGUGGCCGCGGCCGCGAGCUGCGGUUUGAAGGAAGUCGAUCUCUCUGACCGGUCUUCGCCAUUGACUAGCACGCUGCUGGACGAGCUCGCCGUGUACUACCCGGCGGCGGCCUGCGGCUUCGGCGACCCGCUGCUGCUGAUGCAGGUGACGGAGUUCACCUGCGGCGGGUUCGUCGUCGGGGUGACGUGGAACCACGUCAUCGCCGACGCGGCUGGCAUGGGCCAGUUCCUGCGGGCCGUCGGCGAGCGGGCCCGUGGGCUGACGCUGGCGUCGUCCGUCGUUCCGGUCCGUUGGGACGCGGCCCUGAAAGCGGCCCCUCCUGCCGCCGCCGGUUUCGUGGAGCUCAUGAUGGGCCUCAAGCCCAUGGCGGACGUGGCCAUCCUUGACGUCACCGUCCCGUCCCGGCUGAUCGGCUCCGUCAAGGACGCCUUCCGCCGCCGCGGCAAGUCGCCGUGCACGACGUUCGAGGCUGUCGCGGCCGUGCUAUGGCGGUGCCGCACCCGCGCGAUCCUCUCCGGCAGCUCCUCAGAUUCAUCGGAAAUAAACCCCGUGGUGGCGCUCUAUUUCACGGUGAACGCCCGGAAUUACGCGGGGGCCAGAGAGGGCUACUACGGGAACUGCGUCACCGGGCGGUUCGUCGUGGCCACGGGCGGAACCGUGGCCAACGGUGACCUGGUCGACGUGGUGGAGAUGAUCCGGCGGGCCAAGGAGCAGAUCCCCGAGCAGUUCAAGGAAGGCGCCGGCAUUGGCAACGGCAACGACGGCGUUCGGCAGCAGCAGGUUAAUGUUGACGGUUUGGUUGGGUACAAUCUGUUUAUCGUUACGUGCUGGCGGAACCUCGGCGUCGACGAGGCGGAUUUCGGGGGAGGGAGGCCCGCGCGCGUGACGAGCCACACCAGGCAGGAGGUGACGGCGCCGGCCUGCGUGGCGUGCCCGCCGUUCCGUGGGAACGACGGGGCCAACGUUCUGUCCGGCUGCGUCAGGAAGGAGCACGCCGACGCCUUCCUCGCGGAAUUAGCGUUAAGCAGCAGGACGCCAGCACUACUUGAUUCAUGAUCUGAGUAGUAUUUUCUUUUCUUUUCUCUAGCUCUUUUUGUUCCUCUUGUCGUCAGCGUUUCUGUCCAGGCCCUACAUGUCUUCUCGACUAGGCAUGUACAAUGGUUGGUAAGACAAUUAGAAAAAACAGCAAAAUAAGUUGUACAAUGGGUUAUCUCUUAAUGUAUAUCAUAAAAUUAAUGCUUAAAUGAAUAAAAUUAACCAAAUAAA